GUUUGUACUAAUUUAUUGAAUUUUGAAACCUACCAAUUCUUUUGAGGCUUCUUGACCUUGGUGCAUAAACAAUUUGUGUCUGUGAAAGCCGGGCUUUAUUUAUUGUGAAAUAACCCUGUAUUAUAUGCAGUCAAAUCAACGGUCAACGUCAAGUAAUCAACCUAAUUUUCCACGCAAAAGAAAUACACAUGUUCAAGGGUUGAAAUCUAGACUUCGAUCGAAUAUUAAUUCAAUUUUAUCCAAUUAUGAAAUGAUUUUAUCACGAUCCAAGAUUGACCCAAAUGAGGUUACUAAAGGUCUUGGUCCAUAUGCUCAGUGUGCUCAAGAUACAUUUGAAUUCAGCGUAAGAGCAGCAAAUAUAGUACAUGCUUGUGAAAAUAUCACUCGUCUAGUAUCAGAAAUUAAACAAUUUUUAAUAUUAGGCGAUUUUCGUUGGUUAGCACAAGUGAAUUCAUUAAAUCAAGAAAAAUUGAUUCUUCGAAAAUUAGAUUUAGAUCGUGUCAGUAAUCGAUUACGUGAUAAACUUGUUGCUGAAUUACAUAAUUUAGAACAAGAAACAAGUCCAGAUUAUCCUAUUAAUACUUUUCCAAAAAACUAUUCAACAGUAAAAAAAAAUACAAGUUAAUUGUUGUAUCUUCACGUACUUUUGUCAAUUAUAAAUAUCCAUUGAGUUAGUUAUAUUGAUAUUCCUUAGCGUUGAUCAUUCAUUCCAUGAUGGAAACUCUUAGUAAAUGAGAAAUUUUCUAUUCCUAAUCAACAAUGUAAACAUUGUCCUCUCCCCUUAAUUGAAAGAAAAAUUUACUUCAAAGCUGGUUUAAAUCAAUGCUUGAACUAAUGAUAAGGAGUAUAUUAAAUGGUCGC